AUGAAAGCUUUAUUGAUCAUUGACGUUCAAAAUGAUUUCCUACCACCUAACGGUACAUUGGCAGUUCCUCAUGGUGAUGAAAUUGUUCAUCCAAUUUUAGAGUUGAUACAUGAUGAAAAGCAAGAUUGGCAUCGUGUAGUAAUGACAAGAGAUUGGCAUCCUAAAAACCAUAUCUCAUUCGCAAAGAGACAUAAUCAGGAACCAUACAGCAAGAUAACAUACAAAUCUCCUAAGCCUGGUGACAAAACCACUCAAGAAGGUGUCUUAUGGCCUGUUCAUUGUAUUCAAAAUACAAGGGGAAGUCAAUUGGCCGAUCCUUUAUUGAAAGAAACAUAUAAAAAUCAUUAUAAGAUAGUGGAUAAGGGAUUUUUAUCUGAUAGAGAAUAUUAUUCUGCCUUCCAUGACAUUUGGAAUUUCCAUAAGACUGAGUUGCAUGAAUAUUUACAAAAACAUCAUAUUACUGAAGUGUACAUCGUGGGAUUGGCAUUAGAUUAUUGUGUUAAAGAAACCGCAAUUUCUGCAGCAAAAUUGGGCUAUAAAACUACAAUUCUAAAAGAUUAUACAAAACCAGUAAAUUCUGAUGAUGAAUCAAUGAUGAAGUUGAAAGAAGAAUUCAAUUCUUAUAACAUUAAAUUAGAUUGA